GGAUGGUUGAUACGGUUUCCUUUGAAUUUCCCAUCUCAAGUCUAAUCUUUUUGGUAGUGCAAUGUAAUGCCUUCCAUUUCAACUCUAUGUAAGGUAUCAUAGCUGCAUCCUUAUCUUUUUCCUCCUGCCAAAUCAAGGCAAAGACAAAAAAAAAAUUACUACAAAAUCAUUAAACCCAAAAAUGGGAGAAUUAGGCGAAAUGAUUAGUAACCUUGAUCUGAUUCAUGGAGAUCCUUACAUGGAGUUAGUGCUUCAACAACGGAUCCAACCAAUAUUCAGAGUGCCAAACUGUAUCAAAGAGAGAAAUAAAAAAGCAUAUGAGCCACAAAUGGUGUCUAUCGGUCCAUAUUAUUAUGGGAACGAACAUUUAAUUCCAAUGCAAGUUCACAAGAGAAGAGCCUUGAUUCAUUUUCUGAGGAGACAGCCGAACAUACCUACUGAAUCUUAUACAAACAAGUUGAAGGACAAUGUGAUGGAGUUAAGAGAAAGUUACGAGCAACUUGACUUAAUGCAGACAUGGCAGGACGACGACAGAUUUGUUCAACUCAUGCUGGUUGAUGGAGUUUUCCUCUUGGAGUUCUUAUCUGUCAUGAGAGGUACUCAGCGCAACCAUGACUACGCUAGCAUUGACCCCAUAUUUGGAGAGCGUGGACAUGCUUUGAUCUAUAACUCCGUGAAACAAGACCUGUUGCUGUUGGAGAAUCAGUUGCCUUAUCAAGUACUCUCUGUAUUGCUAUCUGUUUCAGGAGUGCAAGAAGAGGCCGUAGAUGCUGCGUUAUCUUGGAUUAUGUUUGCUCCAAUUGGUCCAGGAUGUCACUUGUUAGACAUGUAUAUGAAGGGGUUACUGGGAGGUAGUGACCAACAAAAUGAAGAUCAGAGGGUAAACGUAGUAAGACAUUCCGCAUCUAAGCUUCAUAAGUAUGGCGUCCAAUUCAAAACUGUUGGGAGCUACAAUGAUAUCAAGUUCAACAAAAGCACCGCUACCCUAAAGCUUCCUCACUUCGAAAUAAACGAAUACAGCAUCUCUACGUUUCUCAAUUUGAAAGCUUAUGAGCUUCGAGGUGACAACAACACCAAGGAAUUGAGUUCUUACAUAAGACUCCUUGACACUCUAGUCGAAUCAGCCUACGAUGUAAGCUUGCUCCGUUCCCGAGGGAUCAUAGUUAGCUCUUUGGCUAGCGAUGAAGCUGUCGUAGAAGUGAUCAAGGAACUUAAAAAGGAUGCAGUACUAGAUGCGAAUUGUAAUCCUAGUGUUGUAUUAAAAGAGGUAAAUGAAUAUGUGGAAGGAAAGCCUAAAUGGAGUUGGUUGCUUUCUUAUUGGCGGUCAAUAGUUGGAGCAGCAACGUUUUUGUUAGUGCUCACCCUUCUUCAGACCAUUUACUCCAUUCUUAGCUUUCACUUGCGUAAGCAAUGAGAAUAAAGAAAUGUAAAUUAAACCUGUUUUGAAUUA